AUGAGGAGUUUUGUGGCCGGUCUGCUCCUGCUGAUUUCUGCAGGACACGUUUAUGGAGUGUCGUUCUACGGUGAUGGCUAUGUCCACCUGCGGACAGUGGAGACAUCCAUUCAGACGUUUCUUCAUGUACGAUUUCGAACCACAGAUCUGGCCGGGCUGCUGUUUUUGGCAGCUGGACGCAAAGACUUCCUACUGCUGGAGCUGAUCUCUGGCCGUCUGCAGGUACGUCUGGACCUGGGCUCUGGUGAGCGUUCAAUUUGCUUAGAAAAGGACAUGUAUCUCAGCGACAUGGCAUGGCACUCUGUAGAGCUGACCCACAACGGGCAUUUUGUCAACUUGACAGUUGACCAAAACUCUCAUGCCAGCAUCCAAAUGCCAGGCCCAGAUAUCGAGCUCAGUGUUGAGGAUGGGCUUUUUGUUGGCGGGGCAGCCGAACUGAAACACCCAUACCUUCUCAACAACUCCACUGGGUUUAAAGGUUGCAUAGACAAAGUUGUGUUCAAUGAACAUAACCUAUUUUCCACCCUAAAGCCUUAUUCUGGGUAUAAGAGCAUCCAUAAGGUAUCACAGGGCUGUAGUGCACAGUUUUCUGCAAUAGAAGAUUCUCUCAGCUUUUUCAGCUCCAAAGCUUUUAUAUCUCUGCCACCCUGGGAGGGGCCACAUGAGCUGUUGUUUGAGUGUGAAUUGUCCCCCUCUGCCACAGAAGAAUAUGGCGUUGUCCUGUAUAGCUCUGCCAAGAAGGGAGGGUUUGUUGCAAUUGAGAUUAGAGAUGGUAACAUGGUGGCAACGGUCGGAAAUGGAGAUGGGAGUAAGCUUGAGUUGCGUUCUCUAACACAUGUUAACCGCAACCGCACCUGGUACCCUCUACAGCUGCAUCUGUUGCCAAGCAGCGUCCAGCUGAAGGUGGGAGAGGAGUUGGUCAAGGUCAACCUCAGUCUGGAGCUCCAGGUCAUCCAGCUCAGAGGGCCGCUCUUUCUGGGAGGGCUGGACAAAGAAGCCCGGGAAGAAGCAAGGCAAGCUGGGCUGAUGUCCGCAGUGCCUGGGGGUCAACUAGCUGGGCAAGCAAGCUCCUUUAGAGGCUGCCUCAGAGAAAUUAGGGUUAAUACUCAAAUAAUGGGCCUGCUUAAUGCUGCAGUAACCAAAGACGUUUCUCUGGGCUGUGAGACAGGGCCAGAUCCAGAAGCAUUGACCACCACCCACCAAACAGAUCGUCCCCAAUUUGAUGUUACAACCCCACAAUCAAUAACCAACAACAAGAAGAACCAGAACUUUCUGUCGCUGAGAAAGCUAGAAGUUGUGGAGGGAGGCCUGGCACCACUGGAACCCAAACAUAUAAAGGUUAAUCUGGAUUUUCAAAAAUGGGGCAUUCAUCCAUCCCAGAUGAUGUUUCUUAUUGAGAGGCAGCCUGUCCACGGCCAACUGCAACUAGACUCCAGUUCUGACCCCGAUGGGAUGCUGGACAAAGGGCAGGCAAGGACUAUCGCGACAGGAGCAGAGGAGGUUGAUCGGACUUUUAAUAUGCUGGACUUGUGGCAGGGCCGAGUGAUGUACGUUCACGGUGGGUCAGAGGACCAGCAGGACUUCUUCAUUUUUUCAGUCUUCUCCAGCAAUAAGAAGGCGCUUCCUGUGUUUCUAAAGGGAAACCGCCUUUAUCGGUUUGACAUCAGCAUCAGUCCUGUUAAUGAUGCGCCCGUGCUCAGCCUACCGGCGGGGAACCUUUUUACUGUGCUGGAAAGGUCCAAACGACAGCUAACGCUAGAUGUGCUGAGGGUAUCGGACCCUGACAGCAGUCCUGAAGACCUGGUGUUCAGCUCCCUGGGAAAUCUCAACAAUGAGGUUGGACACCUUGAGCAUCAGGAUAACCCCGGCAGGGCAGUUAACUUGUUCUCCUUGAAUGAUCUAAAGGAGGGUAGGAUCAGCUUUGUCCACACUGGGGUCCCCACAUCCCGUCUGGCAUUCAGGGUCAGCGACGGGCUGCACUUGAGCAACACAGUAGUUUUGAGGAUUAUGGCAGUGCCACUUGAACACAAACUGGUGAAUAACACCGGACUGGAGGUGAACCAAGGCGGUGCUUCUAUCAUCACAACCAAUCACCUUGCAGUACAACUUAAUGUGGAUAAUCAGGGAAUAGAAAUUCGCUAUGACGUCAUUGAGUUGCCACAAUAUGGUGAGCUCCAAAGGCUGCACUCAAGUGGCGACUGGAAACCGACAACUUCCUUCUCUCAGAAGCUUCUAAAGAAAGAACGGAUCCAAUACCUCAACACUUACCAUGGUCUUCAGACACAGAGCAACGUUACUGAUUACUUCAGAUUUAAAAUCAGCAUCAGGUCCUUAGCUACCACAGAGGUUAUUUUCCUCAUCAAUGUACGGUGGAUCCAAUUUAAGGUCACACGCAGUAAGAUGGAGAUCAACGGUGUUCAGACUUCUGUUGUAACUCCUGACGACCUCUAUGGGAUUUCUAAGGGUGUGAAACUCAAUGAGAGCGACCUCUACUUUAAACUCCUCACAAUACCAAAGAAAGGGCAGCUAUUCCUCGACAACAAAGCUCUACAAAGAAACUCAACCUUCAGCCAAAAGAAUAUCACAGAUGGCUUGGUGAAGUAUGAGCUCUUCAACACGCUGCAGGAUGACACACGAGACACGUUAAGUUUUCAGCUGUUUUCAACACAUGCCAACUCAAUAGCUUACUACUUCAGAAUCAACAUCAAUGCAGAGUCAAAUACCAUCUAUGUUUUAAACAAAGGCCUUUCAACCCUGGAAGGAGGCAGUAAAGUCAUCAGCAAAGAUAUGCUGUUCACUCACACGGCAAAUAACCGUGAGGUUCAGUACAGCAUCACUGUGAGCCCAAGGCACGGCCAGAUAAGAAGGAUCAACCUUUCAAACUCAAGUUCCAUAAACGACAACAUUGUGACAUUCACAAAUCAGGAUAUCAUUGAGGAGAGGAUCAUGUACGUUCACGACGACAGCGAGACUAAGCAGGAUUCUUUCACUUUUAGCAUUAUGGUUUACAAACCGCACAAACGGACCAAUAAGAAGGAGGACAGAAUCAGAGCAGAACACACCUUCAAUAUCUCUGUGAAUCUUGUCAACGAUCAGAGACCUUUCAGGGUUGUCGAUAAAGUUUUCCAUGUAGCCCGCGAUGGGCAGAGGUUGGUGAUGUUGAAUGACCUCCGUUUCCGGGACGAUGAUUCAGACUUUGAGGACAGUUGGUUGGUGUACACGAGGAGGGGGAUUCCAAUGGGAGACCUGGUGCUAGCAAGUGAUACCAGUCACAAGCUCUACGAGUUCACACAACAGGACAUCGAGCAGAAAAAAGUGUUGUUUGUCCACAAAGGAGUGAGUUUUGGGCGUUUUGUGCUCUUUGUAUCGGAUGGGAAACAUUAUGUUUCAACACUGCUGGAGGUGAUGGCGCAGGAUCCUUACAUUCAUGUCGAGAACAACACAGGACUCAUUGUCCAGCGAGGCGGGAUCAAGAUCUUAACCUCCGCUAAUCUCAGCACCUUUAGCAACAUGGACAUCCGAGACCCACAGGAAGUUGUAUUUGAGGUCUUCCUUCCCCCUAAACACGGAAGUCUCUGCUUUACGGAUGGAGAUUGUGAGACCGUAACAGAAGCAGAUACACUUACAGCAUUCACCCAGCAAGAUUUGGUGGCAGGGCGACUAGCGUAUCGCCAUGGUGGCAGCCAUGAGUUGUCAGAUGGGUUCAACGUGACAGUAAAAAAAAAAGCAAGGAAAAAUGACCCAGAGAGGCGACUGCACAGAAAGACGAGGGAGAUACGUCUGGACAUCGGAGUGAAAGUACAAAUCUACCUGGAGGGACACCAGAGGUCACCAACUGUCAUAAGUAACCGUCCAGUGGUGGUGGCAGAGGGACAGAAUGUCUCUAUCAGCAAGGAGCACCUAGAGGUGGUUCAUGAGGACAGCCAGCCCUCAGAGAUAGUAUUUACUGUCCAAUAUCCUCCCACCUGGGGCUUUCUUCAGCGUUAUCCCUCCGACGACCACCAGGAACACAGUGGAGAACAGCAGCACCUAUAUCAGAACAUCAGAGAACAGCCAACAAAUGUAUUCAGCCAGACGGAUCUUAACCAGGGAUUGAUCCUCUACCAUCAGCAGGCUGCAGGACACACCAACGACUCCAUUCUGCUAGAGGCAACCAACGGGGUCACAAAGGUCGGACCUAUCAGGCUAGAGAUCGACAUCAUCCCUAUCCUGCUCCCUCUACAGGUGUCUUACUUAACCCUUGAUGAGGGGUCAUCCCUGUCCCUGACCUCUGACAUCAUCAAGGUGGCCAAUCAUCACUUCUCAGGGAUGAACUUCCUGUAUCAGCUCAUUGUUCCACCGCGACACGGACACUUGGAGCACAGCCGGAUCCCGGGCAUGCCCAUCAAUGCUUUCACUCACACUGAGGUGGAACAUGAGUACAUCUUCUAUAUCCAUGACGGCAGCAACACACUGAGGGACAGCUUCACCAUUACAGCCAAUCAGACGGAAAUCAGGAAGCACAGUCUGCCCUCCACCGCUCACAUCUACGUCACACCUGUCGAUGACGAGACUCCUGUGGUUACAACUAAUAAGGGUCUGAAGGUUUGGGAGGGUUCAGUGACAGAAAUAACAACAGAUGAUCUCAGUGCAGAGGAUUCGGACACACCCGAGCCGGAGCAACUGGAGUUCGUCGUCACACCGCCCAGCAACGGCCACCUGGCCCUGAAGAGCGCCCCCUCCAGACACAUCCUGAACUUCACCCAGAAUCACAUUCAAACCGGACAACUGAUGUUUGUGCACAGUGGUGCUUUAUCAGGUGGCUUUCACUUCCAGGUAAACGACGGUGUGAAUGUUGCACCUCGCCAGAUCUUCAGCACAGCUGCCCACUCCCUGGUCCUCACUCUGAAGAGAAAUCAUCCCCUGCAGGUUUCCCCAGGCUCUGUGACACCAGUAUCUGAGCUAGAGCUUCAGGCUGUGACCAACGAUAUCAGAGACACCAGAAGAAGCCACUCGGUGGUAUUUGCAGUCACUGCUCUUCCCAAACUUGGCAGCUUGGUUAGACUUAUGCCCGACAACUCUACGCAAAACAUUUCCACGUUCACACAAAGCAUGGUGAAUGAAGGCGUUAUCUUGUACGAUCAGAACAAGCCACAGCCAGUUGGAUGGUCGGCCGCGGACUCUUUCUCUUUCACCGUGUCCUCUCUUCCUGCUCUCCUUCCUCCACACACCUUCACCAUCUCAAUCUCCCAACAGCCCAACAAGCAUCCUGAGAGCCUUUACAACACCAGACUGCUGAACAACGCAGGUGCUGUGGUGGCCGAGGGAGGCAGAGUGAAGAUUGAUAGGUCUAAACUAGAUGCCUCCAAUCUCCUCUGGAAAGUCCCAGAGCCUCAACGGAAAGAAAACCACAUCCUGUACCGCCUGACUUCCCUGCCGCGCCAUGGAGCUCUGUCUAUAAAGGGUCAUAACCUCACCAGGAACCAUCCUUAUUUCUCCCAGGUCACCCUGAACAAGUUCGGCAUCACAUACGUCCACGACAACUCAGAGACGACGAGCGACAGCUUCACUCUGCGGGCCUGGGUGGCUCCUUUGCAUCACUCUUCCUCUUCCUCUUCCUCUUCCUCUUCCUCCUCCACAGAUUCCUCCUCCUUUACCCCCCUCUAUUCAGCCCUAUCAUCCUUAUCUGUCAAGGAGAGAGCAGCAGUGACGGAGACGUUUAACAUCACUGUGACAUCUGUCAACGACCAGCCGCCAGCCAUCAUGCGCACAGCACCGAGUGUGAAGGUCGUAGUCGGAGAGAGAGUCACGAUUGGACCAGAAGAUCUGCAGGUUGAGGAUAAUGACACCCCUCCAGAGAAGCUGCACUACCAUGUGAUCAGAGAGCCCAACAACGGCUACCUGACUCUGGGGAAAGGACCGGAGCCGGUGACCACCUUCACACAGAACGAUGUCAACCACGGGCGGCUGCACUUCAAACAGCAGGGAGAACCCUCAACAGGUAUUUUCUACUUCAACGUAACCGGCCAUCAUCACCCACUCUACAAACUGCUUAGUUUGGAAGUGAUAAAACCCUCUGUUUACAUGGUGAACAACACUGGCCUGUCAUUGGUUCAAGGUAGGACCGCCGUGGUCCUGACAACCAACCAGCUUGCAGCUCACACUCACAGGCAGGCCAACAUUACCUACACAGUCACCAAACACCCUCGCCAUGGACGCGUCGCUAUCAACGACCAGGAAGUCAUGAGCUUCAACCACGAGGACCUACAGUUUGGCCGUGUUGUCUAUCACAUGACUGAUCUCAGUGAAUCAGAGGACAGCUUCCAAGUCUCGGUUUCAGCGUCGUCCCACAGGGUAGAAUUUGGAAAUGUGACAGUGCACACGGUGAAGGUAACUGUGCUGCCUCUGGUCUACCUGAGGGAGCCCGUGAGAGUGCCCAGUGGUGUCCCUGUGAAACUGGGGAGGGGCAUGAUCGAUGCAUCGGAGCUGGCGAGAAUCAGCCGAAGCAACCCGGUCUUUUGGGUUCUGUCUCCGCCAAAACAUGGCAAACUAGUCAAGAUAACCUAUGACCCUAACCAAGCUUCAGAGGUACUGCAUUCGUUCACGUUCAGAGAUGUGGUGCAAGGCCGGGUCGCUAUCGAGGAGACUCUCAGUGACGGUGACAGCGAGCUGCGUAAUAACAAGUCAGCUGGAGGCCACGCCCCCGCCACAUCUCUCAGUGACUCUUUCACCUUCCUGGUGAGAGCUGGAAACGUCCAACCAGCAAAGGGCGAGCUCCACUUCACCAUCUUACCCCACCACCAUAUGCAUCAUGGUCCAGGCAGUUCAAACACAGACGAUGCAGGUCACACAACUACACAUCUUCCGACACAUAAUAAGACUACUAUAGGAAGAGCAGGUGAGCGAGGAGGUGAUCGAGGGGUUUCCACGACGCUCAGCGGGGCUGGGGUGGGUUCACCGCCUCACAUUUUGAUGCAUAAGACCCACAACAGGACACAGCAUAAGUUAAGGCCUCACAGCCGCUGGGGGAACCACACCCGCAGUGGGAGUCACAAAGGAAGAUCAGGGAGUCAUGCAGAUGGAGCAGGAGGGGGUCAUAGUCACACCCCAAAACCCCACACCCCUCCAGUGUCCAAACACAGCCCACCGGCCCCUCCUGGCACCCACCCAGCCCACGUGGAGUUCCUCCCUCGCCCCGCCGCCGACCCUCUCCUCAUCAUCCUGCCGCUUCUCGCCUGUUUGCUCCUCAUCGUAAUCCUCGUAGUUUUGAUUCUGGCGUUCCGCCGCCGCAGGGAGAAAGAGGCCCAGCUGCGGGUCCGGCAGCAGCUCGCCGCGGUGACGUUACCCCCAGAGGGCAGCCCUUUCCUGGGCUGGGCAGAGCAGAGCUUGGCCUUGCCCUCUGUGGUGGUCACCCCCCUCGGGCCUGCUAGCUGCCCCAGCUCACCCAGGGUCAAAUUAAGUCACAAAAGGAGGAGUCUGGCCCCUGGGACGACCUUCUGGGGGCCUUUCGAAGCAGAUGGAGAAGGUGAAGGUGGGAAUAUUGGACUUGAUAACAUUAAUGAAAAAGAUAAUGUAAUGUUCAAGACUCUGAGAUCUAGAUCCUCUAUUCCGACUCUUAAAGACAACCAGUACUGGGUUUGAUGGAAGUAACGCGAAGAAAAAUUGUGCCUAUUUGGUUUGAAGUUAAUAAAUACAUGCUCUACAUCUGCAGUCCUUUUAAGGCACAUCUGACCUGCUUUGAACUUUUAAAACAACAAAAACAUGCACAUUUGUUUGUAGGAAAUGCAUAAUAGCAAUUAUAUAUUAGUCCUUUUCCUGAACCAACUUGAACUGAACACAUCUUUAGCUGUGUAGCUGUGAGGAAUAUAGUGUUUUACUUUGAGACUGUGGCUGAAACAAGGAAGUGAAACAGAAAUGUAAUAAAGCAGAAUUUUUAGUUAAUUCAAGACUUAGUUUGUAAAUGCUUAAAGUUUAGGAUGUCAUUCCCCUCAUUUACUGCUCUGCAUGCUUUUCAGUUUUCUUUGUCUGGUGUUGCUCAAGGCAGUACGCUUUAAACAUGUUAUCGGUUUAUGAUAGUGCAUACAGUAUUAACAAGUCGUAACGAGAUGUAAAGACAUAGGCAGCUUUCUUGUGUCAUACGUGACCCAUUUUAUGCAAGCCUCUU